AUGCCUAUUCCAAGUGGGAUGGAAGCCAAACAAAAGAGAAAUAAUCCACAUCGUGUGCAUCAGCUCAAUGUUAGUAACCUGCUCAGUGAUCCGUUUGCAGUGUCAUCACUUUCUAUGGCGUUGAUAUCGUGGAUCAUCGCCAUUGCAGGUUCCAUCGCGGCUGCGACAAGCGAGUCGUUUCCGCGAUUCACAUGGUGGGGGAUCGUAUAUCAAUUUUUGAUUAUCGUUGCCCUCAUUCUGUUCUAUAUCUUUGACUUGAUAGAUUACUACAAGAAUUUUCUGAGUGGUGCCAUCGCGGUCGCCUUCGUUUACACCACCAAUAGUGCCACGAACUUGGUAUACUCCGAUGGGUCUAGAAUGGCAGCCGCUUCAGCUGGUGUUAUCCUGCUGUCAAUGGUGAACCUCAUCUGGAUAUUCUACUACGGUGGUGACAAUGCUGCUCCUACCAACAGGUGGAUCGAUUCGUUCUCUGUAAAGGGGCUGCGCCAUUCUGUAUUAGAGUCCUCAUUAGCUCUAAAUAGCAGGCCCCUACCAGCAAGUCGUCAUGUUUCCAAAUACUCAUCAUCACCAAACGAUAUGUACCGCGGAUCUGUUCAGCAACCAAACAACUUUUAUCCCGAAACGCAUUCUCAACAUUAUGUGUCUUCAACCGCGCUAAAUGGUUUCGAAAACGCCGAGCCACCCGUAGCGCCCGCAUUUGCUGGCGACCUAGGUGAUCCUCACAACACGAACACGUUUAUUACAGAUACGACAAAUGGAAACACUGAAACGACAAUGGGUGACACACUGGGGCUGUACAGUGAUAUUGGAGAUGAGCUCAGCAGCUUUCCUUAUACAGCUAAGGCUCUAUACGCAUAUAAUGCUGACGAGUCAGAUGCUUACGAGAUAUCUUUUGAGCAGGGUGAAAUUUUGAGAGUCGGUGACAUUGAAGGCAGAUGGUGGAAGGCCAAAAGAGCCAAUGGUCAAACUGGUAUCAUUCCUAGUAAUUACGUAGAGCUCGUUGAAAAUGGUUCUGUCUAA